UGUCUUACGGGACGGGACCAGUCACAGUCAAGACAACAUCUUACAGGAGUACUUUUGUUCAUGCUUGAAAAUAUGUGGUUUGUUCAUGGCAUUUAAAUCAUCAUAAUCACUGUGGAAGAAGCGAUCUGAAGUUACCUGCGGGGGACUGACGCAUGGGACGUAAAGGGAUGUGAGGAGGUGGAGGUCCAGGGAUGCUACCAGUCUGCUCUACUCAUGCGUUCAGCCAUUUCAGUCAGUUUGACAGGUAUCUGAGCCAACACAGUAAUACGCCCGAAGAGGACGAUGAGACCAUGAGCACACAGCAUCUGCCCUCAGACCCCCCAACCCAUGACUCAGACUUUCAGGGUCCAGAAUCCACUCAGGUCCUGUUCAGAAACCUAGACCAGGACCCCAGACACCCUGAGAUGGCUCAGCAUAGGCACUUUAGCCCAUAUGCUCCCAUCUAUGGAGGUCCAACGCCCUUCCACAGCCAGGCAGAUGAGUUCUGGACCCAAAGCCACAGUACCACAAGCUGCUGCUGCUACUCGGGACCACCCGAGCACCACAGCAGUCUGCCUCCCCGGCUGAGUCUCAAAGAGUAUGCGUCAUGUUCAGAGGAGAGCUGCAUGUCUUCCUGUCACAAGUCCCUCAGCUCACUCCCUAGUGGCCACAGCAGCAUCAUGGGUAGCCUGGAGCAGCCACUCUCUCUCCACUCCCUUCCCCCUUCAUCCGAGUUUGGACACCACACAUUGUCGCCAUAUUCCUGCUUACCACAAGAGGUGCCGUGCUGUGCCCAGUGCCCACCAGAACAGUUCAACAGGGGGGCAACAGUCAAUAAACCUGCGUGGCCUCAGUACCAUCCAGGACCCAGGCCGAUUUAUCCUGGUGAUUUCCAACACCCUGCUCCUGCUUACACACACAUUGGAAACAAUCUUCAGGCCAAAGAGAAAACUUCUUCUUUGAGUGCACCACUGUCACUGGAACAGCGGAGAGUGUUUGUGACCUAUGAGGCCGACAGCGACAAACACGUCAACGAGGUCAUCAGCUUUGUUGCUUUGCUGCGGCACAACGGCUUUGACACUCAUAUUGACAUUUUUGAGCAGCAGUUCAGGAGCAUAAGCAAAAUCGACUUUAUGGAACGGUAUCUCAGUGAGAAAGAAUACCUGAUCAUCAUCAUCAUCAGCCCAAAGUACUACAGCACAGUGACUGCUCCCCCUGUGGGCCAAGAGCAAGAUGAGCGCACCUUCAAUACAGUCUACAUCCACAAACAGCUACAAAACGAAUUCAUCCAGAAUGGGAGCAAGAAUUUCCGCUUCAUCCCAAUUUUAUUUCCUGGAGCUAAAAGGUGUCACGUCCCAGCCUGGCUUCAAAACACAAAUGUUUACUCCUGGCCCAGAGAUCGUGAUGACAUCCUGCGACGGCUCAUGAGAGUGGAGAAGUACAACCCUCCUCCCAUUGGAGAUCUUCCCACCAUCGUCUCUAUCCCCAUUUAGACAGAACAUGCACUGGAUUAUCCACAUUAUGUAUUGGAUUGUUUUAAUUUUGGCACAUUUUUUGUGGUGAGGAACUUCUGUCGUUGACCACCAUCGAGAACAUUAGCUAUAAUGGCAAAAUUAACCUGCUGUAUACAAGCAUUGAGCUACUCACCUAUGUUCAAAAUGGGCAGAAAAUGGGCAGAAUAUUAUUUAUCCUGGAUUACAAGCACAAUGCAGCAACUCAUUUAAUGACAAAAAAUGUCUUGGUCUGAAAACUUGAAACAUGUGAAACUGCAAGUCCUGCUACCUAUGAUUUAUCAGUACUGUGUGCUGUGGUGCAUUCAAUGUAGCUUUACUUUGAAUAAAUAUAUACAAU